AUGUCCUCGUCCGGCCUGACACGGCGUCGUGGCGCUGGCGGAGGCGGCAUAGCCAACACUGAAGCCGAAGCCAGCAACGCUGCCUCUAGGACCAAUUCCUCCCACAACGUCAGAGACAGCGGCCCAGAGACGAGCUACGAGAAUAGCGAAAAUGGCCACAAAAUCGCUUUCGACCCCAGAGACAUCAGCGAGAGCGCCGAGCGCAGCAAACAGCCCAAGUUGACCAUGAUGGAGGAGGUCUUGCUCUUGGGACUCAAAGAUAAGCAGGGAUACCUGUCCUUCUGGAACGACAACAUUUCCUACGCCCUCCGAGGAUGCAUUGUUCUCGAACUGGCCUUCCGUGGCCGCAUCAGCAUGGAAAAGGACCCUUCUCGACGGCGAUUCCCCCCAGCCGAUCGAAAUAUUGAAGUUAUAGAUGAUACAUUGACCGGAGAAGUCUUGCUCGACGAGGCUCUCAAAAUGAUGAAGCAGAGCGAGAAGAUGAGCGUUAGCUCCUGGAUUGAUUUAAUGAGCGGCGAGACGUGGAACUUGAUGAAGAUUGGCUAUCAAUUGAAGCAAGUUCGUGAGCGAUUAGCCAAGGGCCUCGUAGACAAAGGCAUACUCCGAACCGAGAAGCGCAACUUCCUCUUAUUCGACAUGGCCACUCAUCCCGUUGCCGAUGGCGGAGCCAAGGAGGAGUUGCGCCGCAGAGUCCGCAACGUGCUCACACAAAGAACCGUUGUCCUCAGCGGCAACCAGUUCCUACCCGAGAACCUCGAGUUCAGAUACCUCCGGACCGUGUGCAUGGUCUGCGCCGCAUAUGCCGCCAAUGUUUUGGAGAAUGCUCUGUCAACCCUUGGUCACGAAGCCCGCGAGAGAGCUUUUGCUCAGACGGACGAACUGCUCGCGGACUAUAGCCAAUGGCCGUUUGGAAAGAAGGCUACUAGCAACGGCAUCGGUGCCAACUUGCCACAGGCCAUUUCAGAGGAAAUCAGCAAGGCCAAGGAUAAGGAGCUGCAGUUGGAAGUCGUUGCCGCCUGCCUGAGCGUCUUUACUCGCCUCGACUCCCUCCUAUAA